AUGGUAUUUCGCGGCAAACCAUCAAAAGCCUGCCAACGCUGCCGUGACCGGAAGCUCCGCUGCGAUCUCCGAAGAUCAGGCUGUAGCCCAUGUCUGCGAGUAGGCGCUCAAUGCGCCGGAUACCGCGACACCUCGACUCUCCGAAUAACCGACCAAACUCAGACAGUACAAGCAAAAGCGCUCUCAAAAGCGGCCAACCCAAAACAUUCGCAUUUGCCGCCAUCUACGCCAAGAUCAUAUGCUCUAUCCCUUGAAGUCCAAGCCCGGAACUUAUUCUUCGCAUACUACAUCGCCGACUUUAGUAGAACCUGGGAUUUCUUAUAUCCCUUCUUUUCCUCAGCCUCCACGCCCGAACACCUGAGUCUCAGCAUCGACGCAGUCAGCCUAGCAUUUCUCUCACACCAGGUAUACUCGUCAUCCGCACUCGCCCUUUCAAGACAAAAGUACGUCUCCGCGCUACGGAAAACAAACACCGCGCUUCAAUGUCCGAACACCGCUCGCAAAGCCACCACACUUGAUGCAUCCCUGCUCCUCGAUUUGUUUGAAAACAUGACGAAUUCUGGGAUAGGAUUCCAUGAUACGAAUCGUGCGCAUGUGAACGGCGCGCUGGCACUGGUGAAGUUAAGAGGUUUGGGAGAUUUUACGGAUACGGCGGAUGUCAGGGCGUUGAUUCGGUUAAUUUUGAAUCAUAUCAUUAGUUGUGUGAGUAAAUCUGAUCCGGUUCCGAAGGAAAUUCCAAAGAUUUUGGAGUAUGCGGCGCGGUUGAUGGACCCGAUGGGUCCGAAAUGGAGGCUGAGUGGGUUGAUGAUUGAGUAUACGAAUUUAGUGUCAGAGAUGAAUAAAGAGGGGCUAGGUGAUGCGGAAUCUGUGGAGAGGUGUGUAAAUUUGGAUGCGAGGUACGAGGAGUUGGCCAGGAAUAUGCCACCGAAUUGGAUGUUUGAGAAGAUGAAGGCGGAGCCGAAGAGUGAACGAUAUUUUGGGGAGUGGUGGAAUCGGUAUCCGAAUCGGACAUUGACGCAGACGUGGAAUGUCCUGAGACUAGCGAGGAUUUUGCUUUGCGAGGAGAUCGUGGAAAGACUUGGGGGAGAAAGCGACGAUGCGUCUGUCCUCGAGACUCAGCGGGCGAAGACGGUUAUCGAAACCAUGACUAACGAGAUUUGUGCCUCCGUUCCGCAAAUGACGGAUUGCAACUUCGCAGCCAAGCACAAACUUCCUCCACCAGGAUAUCCCCCCUCCGAAAGCACUAUCGCUUCCACCCAGCACUUACAUACUCCAUCCCACUACUUGGAUGCCUACAUUAUGAUAUACGCCUUGUAUGUCGCGGCAUGGUCUCGCCAUUGCCCUCCAAUUACUCGAAUCUGGAUCGUUAGAGAACUCGACCACAUCGCCUCACACUUCAGAAUCAAAGAAGCAGCUCUUGUUCGGGAUAUCCUGGUAGAGGAGAAGGAGGCAAGGGUCGGUCCUUGGGAGGUGUAUCGUUUAUUGGGUAGUUAUGCGUUUGCCGCUUGA